AUGCUUUCAGACGACGAGAAGAGACGCAACUCCGGCGACAAAGCCAGCGCUGUCGCAGGCGAUGCCUCCAGUCUCCAAUAUGUCGACGACAAUGGUAUGGGUCAUCUCCACCGACGACUCAACAACCGUCAGAUCCAGCUAAUCGCCGCCGGUGGUUCCAUCGGAACGGCCCUCUUCAUCUCUAUCGGUGGUGGUCUUGCCAAGGGCGGCCCUGGCAGUCUCCUCAUCGCCUUUACCCUCUACUCCCUCGUCCUCGCCUUGGUCAACAACUCGAUCGCUGAGAUGAACACGUACAUGCCCGUGGCUGGCGGCUUUGUCCGUCUUGCUGGAUACUGGGUAGAUGACGCGCUAGGCUUCCUCGCUGGCUGGAACUUCUUCCUCUACGAGGCCCUCAUCAUUCCCUUCGAGAUUACUGCCUUGACCUCUGUUAUUUCCUUCUGGAAUGCCGAUGUACUCAACCCUGGCCCAACCGCUGGUGUCUGCAUUGCAGUUAUUGUCUGCUACGGUCUCCUCAACAUCCUUGCAGUGCGCUUCUAUGGUGAAUCCGAGUUCUGGCUCUCAGGUGGAAAGCUCAUCCUUAUCUUCAUCCUCUUUGCCUUUACCUUUGUUACCAUGUGCGGAGGAAACCCCCAGAACGACGCCUACGGCUUCAGACACUUUUCGAACCCCGGUUCCUUCGCUACAUACCUCAGCCAAGGCGACAAGGGCCGAUGGGAAGGCUUCCUAGCUGCGCUCUUCACCGCAUCCUUCACUGUUGUCGGCCCCGAGUAUAUCUCGAUGGUCUCGGCUGAGGCUCAGCGCCCAACAUACACCAUCAAGAAUGCCUUCAAGACAGUCUAUUACCGAUUCUGCGUCUUCUUCAUCUUCGGUGCUUUGGCUGUUGGAACUGUCUGUGCUUACAACGACCCAGCCCUGUAUGACAUCUACUUUGGUGCCGGCGGCACUGGCAACGCAGCUUCUUCACCAUAUGUCAUUGCCAUGACCAACCUUGGCAUCAAGGGCCUCCCUCACGUCGUCAACUUCCUGAUUCUCACAUCCAUCUUCUCAGCCGGUAACACAUACACCUACUGCGCUACCCGAGCCCUCUACUCUUUGGCCCUCGAGGGCCGCGCCCCUCGAUUUCUGCGAUACUGCAACAAGUCUGGUAUUCCAGUCUACUGCUUCUGUGUCACCAUGCUAUUCCCCUUCCUGUCUCUGCUUCAGGUUGCCAAUGGCUCUGCCAAGGUUCUAGGCUGGCUGGUCAGCAUAGUCACUGGCGGCGGCUUGAUCACCUUCAUGGUCAUGUCCAUCACAUACAUCAACUAUCACAAGGCUUGCGUUGCCCAGGGUGUCGACCGAAAGACCGAGCGACCCUACUAUGGAUACUUCCAGCCCUAUGGUGCCUACAUUGCCCUAGCCAUCCAGUUCGUCAUCGUUCUUACUUACGGAUACUAUGCUUUCCGAUCCAAGUUUGACGUUGAGGUCUUCUUCCAGAACUACUCCAUGCAGAUCCUCGCCCUUCUUCUCUUCGGUGGAUGGAAGAUUUUCAAGAAGACAAAGUAUAUCCGUCCCCAUGAGGUCGACUUGGUCUGGGAGCGACCUCAAAUCGAGGCUUACGAGGCUACCUUAACUGACCCACCUGUUGGCUUUUGGGCUGAGAUGGGCCAGCUGACGAUGCCUUGCUUCUUCCGCAAGAGUAAAACAUCUUCGGAGGUUUAA